AUUCGUCCGAUUCGGCAAGCGAGGCUGACGGCGCGGAAGAAGCAGACGGCGCGGAAGAAGCAGACGGCGCGGAAGAAGCAGACUGCGCGGAAGAAGCAGACGGCGCGGAAGAAGCAGACGGCGCGGAAGAAGCGGACGGCGCGGAAGGAGCAGACGGCGCGGGAGAAACAGACGGCGCGGAAGAAGCAGACGGCGCCAUCCCGAUGGCGCGGGAUGGUGAGAGGGAGGAAGUGGCGGAAGAAGGGCGCGACGGAGAGAGCAAGGAUGCGGGAGGAAAUUGCUCGCCGGUAAGGAUGCGCGGAGGCGGUGCGAAGCGUCACGGGAACAUGACGACAGGGCGUUCGCCGGAAGACAUGCGCAGGGGAAGCGUGAGGCGCUGCGGAAGCACGGAUGCAAACGGAUUGGCAGACGAAGGGCGUGAAGAGGGCGCGAGGCACCGCGGGGGCGCGAAUGCAGACGGGUUGGCAGACGAAGGGCGCGGGGGCGCGGAUGCAGAUGGUACGGUGGACGAAAUAGGUGGAAACAGCGUGAGGCACUGCGGAGGCAAGGAUGCAGGUCGCUCGGCAGACGAAAUGCGAGGUGGCAGCGCAAGGCGCCGCGGGAGAGCGGAUGCAGACAGCUCGCCAGAACGGAUGCGCGGGAGUGGCGGGAGGCGCCAAGGGAACAUGGCGGCAGAUCGUUCGCCAGAGGAGGUGCUCAAGGGAGAUGCGAGGCGCCGCGGAACCGCAGCGGCAGGUCGCUCCCGGACGAUCUUCGGGAGGACAGCAGGAAAAACCAUGCGCCAACGGGACGGUACAGCUCGCCUGAGCUGCGAGGACGUGGGAGGAGACGCGUGGCGAUGGCCGCGCGGCGAUCGCCAGAGCCAGAGGAAGAACGGGGCAGACGAGCAGGUCUGGACGGGGAGCGAGGGGAUUGUGAGGAAAGAGAUGGGUGGUGCUCACCAGAGAGAGGAGGGGGGCGUGAGGAGGGACGCAUCAGGGAGGGUGCACGACGAUCGCUGGGCGCAACAAGGGCAGAAGAAAGGGGGAGAGGGAACCGACGGCGGCGGGAAGACGUGGAGCGAGAAAGGCGGUAUCAGGAGCACUCGCAUGAUGGGAAGGAAAGGCGGUGGGACGGAGCAGAGAAGCGGAGAGCGGCUUACGAGAGAGAGCGAGGAAGGAGUCCGAGUACAAGGGGCCCGAGGGGGCGAUGGCAAUCAGGAGGAGGAUCCGAAGGAGCCAGAGCGGCCAGAGAGGGGACAGAACGGGCGCUACAUGUGGCUGUGCAGUGGGGGAAGGGAUAUACGAAGGGAGCUAGUGAGUAAGGUGGGGGCAUGGGCGUGUAAGUCAGUAACACCAGCAGCAGCGGGAGCAGAGGAGCAGGACGAGCAGGCGGGGGCAGGAGCGUGCGUACCAGCAGCAGCGGGAGCGGAGGAGUGGGAUGAGCAGGUGGGGUCAGAAGCGUACGUAUCAGCAGCAGCGGGAGCGGAGGAGCGGGAUGAGCAGGUGGGGGCAGAAGCGUGCGUACCAGCAGCAGCAGGAGCGAAGGAGCGGGAUGAGCAGGUGGGGGCAGAAGAGUGCGUCCCAGCAGCAGCAGGAGCGAAGGAGCGGGAUGAGCAGGUGGGGGCAGAAGCGUGCGUGCCAGCAGCAGCAGGAGCGGAGGAGCGGGACGAGCAGGUGGGGGCAGAAGCGUGUGCAUUAGCAGCGGCGGAAGCGGGAGGGAAGAACGAGAAGGUGGGGGCAUGGUCGGGUGUACCAGUGGCAGCAGAAGCGGAAGGGAGGGAAGGGAAGGUGGGGGCACAGGCGGGCAUGACAGCAGUAGCGGAAGCGGAAAGCGGGGCAGUGAAGGUGGGGGCACAGGCGGGCAUGACAGCAGUAGAGGAAGCGGAAAGCGGGGUAGUGAAGGUGGGGGCACAGGCGGGCAUGACAGCAGUAGCAGAAGCGGAAAGCGGGGCAGUGAAGGUGGGGGCACAGGCGUGCAUGACAGCAGUAGCGGAAGCGGAAAGCGGGGCAGUGAAGGUGGGGGCACAGGCGUGCAAACCAGAAGUAGCAGAAGCGGCAGGGAGGGAAGAGAAGGAGAGAGCACAGGCGUGCGCAGCAGCAGCAGCGGAAACGGAAGAGGAAAGGAAAGAAGAGAAGCUGGGGGGCACAGGCGUGUGCAGUAGCAGCACCAGAAGAGGAAGGGAAAGAAGCGAGCAGCAGCAGAAGAGGAAGGGAAGGAGAGAAGUUGGGGCAGAGGCGUGUGCAGCGGCAGCAGCAGAAGAGGAAAGGAAGGAAGAGACGUUGGGGACACAGACGUGUGCAGCAGCAGCAGCAGAAAAGGAAGGGAAAGAAGAGAAUUUGGAGACUCAGGCGUGUGGAGCAGCAGCAGAAGAAGAGGAAGGGAAGGAAGAGAAAGUAGGGGCACCUGAGUGUGUAGCAGCAGCAGCGGAGGCGGGAGUGGAGGAUGAGGAGGGAGGAUGGGCAGGGUGGACUGCAAAGGAAGGAUCUAAGUGGACGGUGGGGGGGGGGCAAUGA